AUGUCUCGAGCUGAAGAACUCUGGGAGCGGUUAGUUCGUGCUGCUUUAAGAAGGGAAAGAACUGGUGAUGAUGCAUUUGGGCAACCUGCUGGUGGAAUUGCUGGGAAUGUGCCAUCUGCACUUGCUAAAAAUAGAGAUAUUGAUGAAAUUUUAAGAGUUGCAGAUGAAAUUCAAGAUGAUGCCCCCACAGUUUCUCGAAUAUUAUGUGAGCAUGCAUAUUCAUUAUCUCAAAUUUGGACCCCAACAGUGAAGGCCGAGGUGUUUUACAAUUCAAGACCGGAGUUCUACAAGAGUUACAGAAAGAAAAAUAAUGUGGAUAAAUUACUUGAGGAGGAAAUGCAAUUGAGGGAAUCUGGUGCUUUCAGCCGUAAUCUUGGCGAGUUGGAGCGUAAGACUGUGAAGAGGAAAAGGGUUUUUGCUACCUUAAAGGUUUUAGGAACAGUACUUGAGCAGCUGAGUGAGGAAAUUCCUGAUGAGCUUAAGCGGGUCAUGGAAUCAGAUUCUGCAUCAACCGAGGAUCUGAUUGCUUACAACAUCAUCCCUAUAGAUGCUGCUUCUUCAACAAAUGCUAUUGCUUUUUUCCCCGAGGUGCAAGCAGCAAUUUCGGCUCUGAAGUAUUUCAAUGGCUUGCCUGAACUGCCCAGGGCCUAUUUCAUCCCUCCUACAAGGAAUGCCAACAUGUUAGAUUUUCUGCAGUAUACUUUUGGAUUUCAGAAAGAUAAUGUAGCUAAUCAGUGCGAACACAUAGUUCAUCUGCUUGCAAAUGAGCAAUCUCGGCUUGGAGUUCCAGACAAAACCGAACCCAAAUUGGAUGAAGCAGCCUUGCAUGAAGUAUUCCUCCUAAUCACGCUUCGAAAUCCACUAAACCACGGUCGUUCUCGUUCUCGUUCUUCAGCACCAACACCGAAAUCGGAACGAGAAGGAAGAAGAGGAGGUCCAGCGGCGGCCACGGCACCUUUAGUUCCUAGGUUUUGUUUCGCUUCAGCAAUUUGUGUUUCUUCCUUUUGGGUCUGGGUCUUCCAACGACCCGGCCCAUUUCCCUCACCCGCUCCACUCUCUUCAACUAAGCCCGUUUUCUUUUCAGCUUAA